AUGGAGAAGGGAUUCGGCGACGAUCUGUCCUCCUCAUCCUCAGAUGGCGAGAAAGACGAGGAUGAUGACGGACUGAGAAACAGCAUCAAGCGCAUCAACGAUUUGUACAAUCACAGCCACAAACAAAAGGGCUAUUCACAGCCACUGGAUCAUUGGGUAGCAGUCGGGGUCUGGAUCAAGAUCCCGGGUGAGAUGCCACCCACCGCCAAGGCCUACAACAUGUCUGAUGAAAUACCCACACAGAACCCUAACCCUAGAUUUUCAGAUCCUGUGUACGACACUUCAUAUGGGCCCGCCCCAAACAAGGUUUUCAGAGAUGGGCUUUUGGGAAGGGAUGAAAUUGGGAAAAGGGCCGGCGAGAGCGUGAAGAGAAAGAAAAUGGAUGGUGGUAGUGGCAGUGAGGUGGCGGCGACAAUUCAGUCCUGGGAGAGGGGUUUAUGA